CCACACCACAGCUUGCCAUUUCUCUAGUCUCUCUCAAUCUCAAGCUCAAGCUCAAGCUCAAGCUCUUUCUCUCCCCUUUUCACUACUCUCUCUCUCUCUCUCUCUCUCUCUCUCUAGGCUUCGCUUAGUCUAGAACUGGCUCACACUCGACCGCCAGCUCUGGAGGAGAUUAAGCCCGCGAACCGGACGGCGGUCCGCGACCUUUACGAGGCCCUUCGACUCCGCGACUGUGACGCCGUCCACCGCAUCCUCGCUCCCGACCUCGAGUGGUGGUUCCAUGGCCCCCCCUCCCAGCAGUUCUUGAUGCGCCUCCUCACUGGCGCCUCCCCCUCCGCCGCUGCAUCCGACGACACCUUCCUCUUCGUCCCCGACUCCAUCACCCCCUUCGGCCCCACCGUGCUCGCCGAGGGCUUCGACACCGCCCGCUCCAUCUUCUGGGUCCACGCCUGGACGGUCUCCGCCGAUGGGAUAGUCACCCAGGUGAGGGAAUACUUCAACACCUCGCUCACCGUCACGCGCUUCGGCGACUCCCCGCCCUCAGAUCCUUCGACGGCCAAGAUCAACUCGCUGCACUGCCAGUCGCUGUGGGAGAGCAGCGUGUCGAGCCGGGUCGGGAAGUCCGUGCCGGGUCUGGUUCUCGCCAUAUAACCAAUCUCGCUCGCCGUAUGUGUGGUGCAGCCGUUACUACAGUAGUGGAAUAAAGGUUGCACGCGCUAGUGGUUGGCGACUGGCUCCCGGUGAACGGGCCAAAGUCUGGCCUAGGGCUACGAGGAUGUGAGUCCUAAGGUCGUGUUCGUUUGUGUUUCUGUUUUGACUCUGUCGUUUUUUUUUUUAAUUUUUUGGGUCAGAAACUCUGUCGUUUUGGUUUGUAUUGUUUAGUGUUUGUAAAAAGAAGUGAAAUGACGGGUCGACCCAGUUGGCGUUGGUCCCAUCCUGUUGAUGUGCAUGUAAUGUGGGGUUGCUCCUUCACAAUAAUAAGAAUCUAUUGUGCGUUUGAU